AUGAGCUUCGGGCAGCGCUCCUCGUCUUACCGCCGUCUCUUCGGGGACUCGCCGCGGUUCAGAGCGGCGCCCGGGCCCCGCGUGGUGGUCUCCUCCUCGUCCUCGGCGGUGGGGACGGGGUCGUACCGGAGGACGGGCCGCUCGGUGCCGCUGGUCCACAAAGACUCGGUGGACCUGAGUCUGAGCUCCGCCGUCAAAAACGAACUCAAGAUCGUCAGGACCAACGAGAAAGAACAACUGCAGGGCCUGAACGAUCGCUUCGCCGUGUUCAUCGAGAAAGUGCGUCAGCUGGAGCAGCAGAACCACAGUCUGGAGCAGGAGCUUCUCACCCUGAGGCAGAGACAGGCCGAGUCCAGAGUCCAGCAGGUCUACAAGGACGAGAUCCGAGACCUGAGAGCCCAGAUCGAGACCCUGAACCGGGACAAGAACCGACUGCUGGUGGAGCGCAGCAACCAGGAGGAAGAACUGCAGCGUGUGUGUGCUCGUCUGGAGGAGGAGGCAGAUCGUCGGUCUCAGGCGGAGCUCUCUCUGAAGGCCCUGCAGAAGGACGUGGACGAGGCGGCGGCGGUCAGACUGGACCUGGAGAGAAGACUGGACUCGCUCACCGACGAGAUCAGCUUCAUGAAGAAAGUGCACCAGGAGGAGAUGGAGGAGCUCAGCAGCUUCAUGGAGGCGCAGCAGGUGUCGGUGGAGGUGGAGCGUUCCAAACCAGACCUGACGUCGGCGCUGAAGGAGAUCAGGAGUCAGUACGAGGUGAUGGCGGUGAAGAACCUGCAGUCGGCGGAGGACUGGUACAAGUCUCGGUUCCAGAGCGUGAGCGAGCAGGCGUCCAGGAGCUCGGAGGCGGCGCGUCAGAGCCGAGAGGAGCUGGGAGAACUCAGGAGACAACUGCACAACACCAGCAUCGAGAACCAGAGUCUGCGAGGAGCCAACGACAGCCUGGAGAGACAGAUCAGAGACAUGGAGGACGCACACGCAGCAGAGGCCACCGUACUGCAGGAGACCAUCGCUCACCUGGACGCAGAGCUCAGGAACCUGAAAGGAGAAAUGGCGCAGCACCUGAGAGAAUAUCAGGACCUGCUCAACGUCAAGAUGGCCCUGGACAUCGAGAUCGCCGCCUACAGGAAGCUGCUGGAGGGAGAGGAGACUCACUUUAACUCCGGACUUUCAUUCGGAUCGUUCAGCCCCCAGCCCCGAUCCUCCGGAGGCGCGUCCCAGCACCGAGAGUCCAGACGGGGCAAAGAGAGCGACGAGAAGGAGGGCAGCACGGAGGAGAAAGAAGAGGAGCUCGCUGCCCAACUGAACGACUGA